AUGGAGCUCUUGUCAACUGUUGAUAAGCUGGAGAGAAAGAGGAAGAAUGAUGCGGCACUGUCUGCCUCGGAGACGUUGGUGUUGCUUGAGCCUAGUUCUUUGCUGUUCCCCCCGCCCCACCGUGGCCGGGCGGUGCAGAACGUUGUCGUGAUGUACAACAUUGGCUCUCUGCCAUGCAUCUUUAAGAUCAAGUCACGGACGCCUGAGCGAUAUUACAUCAAACCCAACAUGGGCACAAUAUCUGCUCAGGGAGCCGUGCGUGUCUGCUGCAUUUUGCGCCCCCAGGCCGAAGAUUUGCCGUCGACAACGCGGGACGUUUUUCGCUUUUGUCUGAAGCCAAUUCCGUGGAGGUUGCUUCCAAAAAGGCGGGAGCUACUGCAUGGGGCGAAACUGAAGAAGUUGUGGGAUGCUGCGGACUGUGAAGCGCUGACCACCGUGACAAAACAGUUACAUUGUUGUUUUGAAGGCGACGCUGCAUCUCCGCCGGGAGCAUUUAUCACGGUACUUGACCCCGCUACUAUUGGCCUAGAGAUCCCAGCUGAGAGGACGAACGCCGUCUCAGCCUCGGCAACGGGCGUUGAUAGUAAUGAUUCCACGGGACUCACGCAGGAGGCGUCACAGCAAGAAGGGAGACCGAGCAGCAUAGUGAAGCGACAAGGAAAGGGUUUGCAAGAUUCCACGGGCAGCACACCUGGCCCCAGCAGCCCCUCCUGGAAGGAGCAAAGAGAAUCAAUGGGAGGCGCAGGCUCCUCCAUAUCCCAGGGGAGAGCUCGUGAAUUGACACAUGGGAUGGGGUUUAUUAUAAGGAAAACCACUAAAACAAUGGGCCAUCAGGUGCUUCUUGUAUCUUUUUUUUUGAUGGUGUGUAAUUGCGUGUGGCUUGUAUUCCACUUGCUACGGUGA